AUGCAGUCGUGGGCACGGGUCGUCGACGAACUCGUUGCGUCUGAGGCUUCCUACCUCGCGCACUUGAGCCCGCUCAUCGACGCGCUCGCAUUGCCGCUGGAGCGCGCCUGUCCGCCCGAGGCGCGACGCGGCAGCGACGUGCUACUGUGCCUCAAUGCCCACGGUCUCCUCGGCCAGCUACGUGAUUUGCACGUCAUCUUUCUCGAUGAGCUGCGUGCGGCGACGACGCCGGUCGUCGAUGUCGCCGCGCUCGGCCGCCUCGUGGCACUAUUCGCCAAGGUGCUCCGCCCGGUGCACACGGCGUACGCUGGCACAUACGACGACGUGGCGUGUGCGCUCGCUGGUCUGCGCAAGCACAGCGCUGUGGCGUCCGUGCUUGCUGCGUUUGAAGCGUCGCAGAAGGAGCCGAUCGCCAACAUGCUCAUCCUUCCGAUCCAGCGGCUGCCUCGGUACGUGCUCUUACUGCGCGAGCUCGACAAGCAGCUGCCGCAGCGCGAGAUCGAGUCGGCGAAGGUUGCCAUGGAGGCGACGGCGUCGUCCGUCAACAUCUCGCUGCAAGCGCGGGCCAACGCGCAAAAGAUCGCCAAGCUCCAACCGCUCUUCCCGAGCCUCGAUUUGUCGCAGAAAACGUGGCUGCGGGACGGCAAGCUGAGCAAGACGACCAUCAACUCGCGCUCGGGGCCGCGCGAGUACCUCUUCCACCUCUUUGCAGAAAUGCUCAUCUACUCGGACAUUGCGACGCACGGACCAUUGCGCGUGCGACGCGUCAUCGCCGUCGACGACAUGGAGGUCGCGCUGGCGCCGGACGAACGCACCAUUGCGCUCGUGACGCCCCACAAGUGCAUGAGCUUGGCCGCCGACACGAGCGUGCUCACAGCGGCGUGGUGGAAGCAUCUCUCCUUUGCUGCGGCGGAGCGCGACAUCGGUCCUGUCCCGUUGCGUGGUCUGGUCGACGCGCCAAAGGACGUAUUGGACGGCAUCAGUGCCGCGGUGCACACUCGCCGCGUGUGGCUGCAGCGCGACCGCCUGUGGCGCCUCGGCAUCCUCGCGAUUUGUGCCGACACAGUCGUACUGACGCAAACGUUAUCACGUGAUCGGCACAAGUUGAUUGCGCACACGCCGGCGCGUCACAUCCAGCGUGUUGAGGGGCUUCCCAAUGGUCCACCGGACGCGUUUAGCGUCACACUCGAUGACAAAUCGCAGUGGGUGCUCGUUGGCCAGGCGCAACACCUGGUCGACGAGGUGCGACUCGAGUAUGCCGCCAAGGCAGCCAAAGCCAAAGACGCCGUUGAGACCAAGGACGGACAAGGACAAGCUUCGAAUGCGACCGUGCUGGAUGACGUCUUGAAGGAGCUGCAGGGCCGGCUGCUCGAGACGCGGCCACCGCCGCCGUCGUACGCGCCGCCGAUCUGUCCCGUGCAGACGUACCCACCGCCGAUUCCAGCACACCGUCGAAAAACCACCACCUUGCGUGUCUAG